UAUGAAAUUUGUUUGUUUUUGUUUUUUACAAUGUCUGAUGAAAAUAACUCUGAUUCUUCCACUUCUGAGUCGGAAGUUAGUGCUUGUAGUUCGAAAUUUAAUCCAUUAAAAGCGCUUUAUUCUAAGAAAGCUGCAAUACCAGUGAAAAAUGCACCAUUAUAUGAAAAUCUUAACCAAUACGAGUCCGCACAGAAGAAAGAAAAUUAUAUUAUCCCUGUUGGCCAUAAAGAAGAAGUUGAAAAUCGUGAGCUGGAAAAGAAGAAUAAGAAAGAAGAAGAACAAAGAUUACUAGAAGAAAAGAAUAGGCAACGGUUCGCACGUUUUCAACUUCCAGAACCAGUAAGAAGAGAGAUAAAAACUAAGAAUGUGCUGACUCGAAUCGGCGCCAUGGAAGGGCCAUUAGCGGUACUCAAAGACUGUGUGGACCACAGAUUGAGGAUCAAGGUUAUAACGCGAAAUGCAACUGGCAUACGGGGCGUACUCCACGCAACUUUAGUGGCAUUCGACAAACAGUGGAAUUUGGCACUAGCUGACGUCCUAGAGAUUUGGAAAAGGAAAGGGCAGAAGAAGCGGAAGAUCCCGCCAGGGCUAGGUACACCGGUCCCGAAAGGUACAGCAGCGAAAAUGUGCUCAGUGCCCAUUGUAACGGAGACACCGCUCGGUGGUGGCGUGUGGGAGUGCACCAGGCAUAUACCACAGAUGAUGGUGCGGGGCGAACACGUGGUUAUCGUGAACGUGGUCGAGAGGUGAUCGGAUUGUUGUUUGGAAUAGCAUUUUGUAACCUGUACCCUAUGGACUCCUGGGGGUACAUGAGUUAUUACGGGGGUCUCCCGACUCAUUGAUGGACUUCAGAUGGAUGGAAGGUGUGAACUUGGUCUUUUGUGAACACGGAACCUGUAAAGCGGCUGAAACGUCAUGAAAAAAAAUACAAACGCUCUGAAAUCGUUUCAAGUUGUUUCAUUUAAUGGAUAGUGCGCGUGUACAUAUGAGAAAUCAGUGAGGACUAUUUAUUAAUAAUAUAUAAAUAGAUGUUACCAAAAUUUCUUAAUCACUAUGCUUAUUUAGCACGGCUAACGAGCGCUCGCAUGAUUGUAACUUAAUUAGGAUCUACCCUGAUGUAGUUCUAAGAGAGCAGCAACAGCUUUCGUGUUUUUUAUUAUUAAUAAAGUAAAAAGAACGAAAUUUUUAUUGAUUGGGGUUCUAUAGACUUUAGUUUUUAUUUCUAAACAAAAGAUAUACUUAAAAAACAGAAUAAGAAAGCAAUAAUAUUGGCAUAUUAGCAGUAU